UCAUGCUCUGUGUCUCUCCCUACAGGGCUGCUGCGAGAGGAGGUGGCCCAGCUGCAGGAGGAGGUUCACCUGCUCCGGCAAAUGAAGGAGAUGCUGGCAAAAGACCUGGAGGAGACGCCCGGCGGCAAGUCCAGCGAGGUCCUCUCGGCCACCGAGCUCAAGGUGCAGCUGGCACAGAAGGAGCAGGAGCUGGCGCGAGCCAAGGAGGCCCUGCAGGCCAUGAAGGCCGACCGCAAGCGCCUCAAGGCCGAGAAGACCGACCUGGUGAGCCAGAUGCAGCAGCUCUACGCCACGCUGGAGAGCCGCGAGGAGCAGCUCCGUGACUUCAUCCGCAACUACGAGCAGCACCGGAAAGAGAGCGAGGACGCAGUGAAAGCCCUGGCCAAGGAGAAGGACCUGCUGGAGCGGGAGAAGUGGGAGCUGCGCCGGCAAGCCAAGGAGGCAACGGACCACGCCAGCGCCCUCCGCUCCCAGCUGGACCUCAAGGACAACCGCAUGAAGGAGCUGGAGGCCGAGCUGGCCAUGGCCAAGCAGUCGCUGGCCACGCUGACCAAGGACGUGCCCAAGCGGCACUCACUGGCCAUGCCGGGCGAGACGGUGCUCAACGGCAACCAGGAGUGGGUGAUGCAGGCCGACCUGCCGCUCACGGCCGCCAUCCGGCAGAGCCAGCAGACCCUCUACCACUCGCACCCCCAGCACUCGGCGGACCGGCAAGGUGAUUGUGUCCCCUUCCACUCGCGGCAGCCCUCCAUCAUCUCCGACGCGUCCGCCGCCGAAGGCGACAGGUCGUCGACGCCGAGCGACAUCAACUCGCCCCGGCAUCGGACGCACUCGCUCUGCAACGGGGAUAGUCCUGGUCCGGUACAGAAAAACUUGCACAACCCAAUUGUACAGUCUCUAGAGGACCUCGAAGACCAAAAACGAAAAAAGAAGAAAGAGAAGAUGGGCUUUGGCUCCAUCUCCAGGGUGUUCGCCCGCGGGAAGCAGCGCAAGUCGCUAGACCCCGGCCUGUUUGACGGGACGGCCCCCGACUACUACAUAGAGGAGGACGCGGACUGGUGACCCCCUUCCCGGCCGGCAGCUCCCGGCGGCUGCCGGCGCCUGUGCCGAGUGUCCGUGCGCGGACGUGUCCAGCCCGGAA